AGAGGUGCCCCGGAAGUAGAUUCAGCCGUUUCAACAACAAAUCAUGAUCAUGGGGGUGAACGAAAAUAUUCAGUACGUUAAGGAAAAUUUUGAAAGAAAAUAUGCAGACAAUAUUGCUAGUGGCAUGUAUGAUGCCCGUGAUCUUGAGAAGUUACAGGCAGAUCCAGUGUUUGUUCAGACCUACAUCAGAGGGAAAGAUAGACUAGACGAGGGAGUUGAUCUUGUUCAUUCAUCCCUUAAAUUUCGGAAAGAAAUCAAGGCAAAUGAUUUGUGUGAAGCGUCUUUUGAUCGUGAGUUGUUUGACCUUGGUGCUUUGUACUUUCACAAGAAAGAUAUCCAAGGAAACAGAAUUUUGUGGCUAAGAGUAAAGCUGCAUAGAAAAGAUGCCCCGCCAGAAAGAAUUGCCAUAGAAAAGCAGGGGAUGAUAUAUGCAAUUGAGAAAGCUUUCAAAGAGAACCCACUUUCAAAGAUUGUUGUUCUGUUAGAUAUGUCAGCAUGUGGACUGAGUAAUUUGGAUGUGGACUUUGUCAAAUACAUAAUUACAAUUUUUAAAUAUUACUACCCAACAUUUUUAGCCUACAUGCUCAUCUACGACAUGCCGUGGAUAUUCAAUGCUGCCUGGAAACUGAUUAAAGCUUGGCUCAGCCCCGAGGCUGUGGCUAAAAUAAAGUUCGUCACUAAAGGGGAUGUCCAAACAUACAUUAAGGCAGAGGAUUUACCCCCGUACAUGGGAGGGACAGAUAGUUUUGAGUUUAGUUUUAAGCCAGGGAUGGGGGAUGAGCCACUGUAUCCAGAAGAUGUUGACAAAAAAGUUGAGAAGAAGGUCCAUUUCCUAGAGGUGCAGGAGGGUUUUGUGUCUCCGUCACAAUCAGAUUUGGAAUCGUCUUUGGACUUCAACUCCAACACAGCACCUGCCUUACACAACAGAAACAACAACAAUCAGAACAACAGUUCAAACGAGAAAAGGCGUUCAUUAAUUCUGGGGAGAUCUCAGUCUUUUACAACCUCUAGUUCCUUUGUUGGUCGUUUCUUGACUAUCAGUCCAGCUGACGAGCUUGCUUUUCAAGUGGCUGACAAUGGAGAAUCCUUCGAUAUCAUCACUUUAACUAAUACCUUACCAACCCAAGUUGCUUUCAAAGUAAAAACAACAGCUCCUGAAAAAUUCAGAGUGCGGCCCAGUUCUGGAAUCAUCCGACCAGACAAAACAGAAGAGAUCUAUGUCUACCUUGUUCCAGAUGUUCGAGCAGACAUCGGUAAAGACAAGUUUUUGGUCAUGGCUAUGGAAACCACUACAGGGACAGACCCAGCCACGCUGUUCAAGGAUGCCUCCAGGGAUAAAAUCAUGCAACACAAGUUAAAAUGUGCCCCUGAGGUAGUCAGAGCUACAGAAAGCAAAAAGGGAAUCAGCUACCUACAAGAAACACCCAGCACUCUGGCAGGCAAGGAUAAGAAAAAACCAGCUCCUUUAGGGCAAACCUCUACCAGCCAGAGAUUUAUUAACGAGCCAGCCAUGGCAUCCUCUGUGGAUGGGGGAUUUAAUGAAGGUAACCUUCAGGCUAAAAGGUCUGGCAAAGGUGAUGCUGAAGAGAUGGACAAACAGGUAGAACAGCUGGAGAACCAAACACGGUACUUGCAGAAACAGGUGAACUUUCUAAUCUGCAUACAAGCUUUCACAGGCAUUGUCCUGAUUGUUGUCAUGCUGGCCUACUCUUGCUUCGGAGAGGAUCUCUUCACCCAGUUUCUGGCCCUCCCGUUUGAUUUUUGCAAUGAUCCUUAUGGACGCAAGUGUUGACCCUGAGCUGCUAAACUUUUUUAUGGAAAAUUUCUGCUGUUGAAAUAAUUUUGGUGGUCCAACAUUUGACCUGAUGUUGCUCAGUGCGUGGCUGUCAUUGACAGGGACCUGACAGAUAGAUGAGACCAGUUCAGCGAGGAUGAAACCACCCAGUUCAUUCCACAUUUUUGUUGCCAAUCUUCAGUCGUGGCAUGACUUGUUGUAGUCUUAGUACAACUCAACAUAGUCUUAAUAUAACUGUCUUGUGUCCCCCACCCUUCAUUAGUUUAAUGCCCAUCCAUGUCACUCCUUGUAAUGCAUCCACCCAGUCAUGCGUUAACUUUUCUCAAAUGCUGCUCCCUGUCCAAACAAAUGUUGAUUAAUGCACCUUGUUGUUUUUUGAGCCAUGUACUAGCAUCAGAGUGUUCUUGCAUAUUAUGACAUUUUUUUAUGGUCCAUUUGUUGAACAUAUCUAUUAUAAACAUUUUUUUUUUUUAAAUCCUGAUGUUUUAAGUGAACAUGCCAGAUUAGCUGAGCUUAGCUUUUAGUUGAGUACAUACAAGAACCCUUGUGGCUGCUACAUUCUUGCCUUCUUUUUAAUUAUUGGUCAUAUUGACUUUUUAUUUUUAUAUACCUAAACUUUUAUAUAAAAGAAUAGUCUAGUAAUAAAAAAACAUAUAAAUGUCACUAUUUUAACAUCUAAUUUUUUUAGGUAUAUUUAUUUUUAUUUUUUUAAUAAAAUGAACUAAAGUCCUGUCAUCUAUUGCUCUAUUCCAAAACUUUAAAUGAGAAUAGCAACCAUCCAUUAGGGGUUUGUUUUUUUGUUUUUCCAGAUUUAAAAAAAAUUGGUUUUGGUAUUUUGUUUAUUAUAUUAUAGAAUUUAUUCACAUAUUUAACUUCAAGCACAAAAAUAUCAAUUUCACAACUAUUAAAGUUUAUCUAGACCCUAUGUUGUAAUUGUUUUAUCUGUACUUUCUCAUACUAUUAUGUUUGACUUAAUUCUUUAUUUCUAUCAAAAGUUGACAUUAAGCAGCAAAAUUUUUAUCCAUCAAACAAACUUGCCAGUUAAGAAACAUCACUUUGUUGAAACUUUGAAUGUCUGUUCAAAAACUACCAAUUUUACAAUAAUGCAAAAUGUGUUUUUAUAUUCAGUAGAGAUAUUUAAUAUUUAAAAUGAGAUUUGAAAUAUAAUUUAUACAUUGAAUACAGUAUUUCUAAAUAACUAAGAGUUUUUUCUUUCUUUGUUUUGCUUAAUAAACUUCAGUUUGCUGUUGAAUUUUUAUUUAUUUUAUUCAUUUCUAUGACAGAUGUUUAAUUGACUGUGAUUUUGUUUUUAUUUCACUUUCUUUUAAAACAAUUUUAUUUAUUUUUUGAAAAUUUGAACAAUGAUGAUGUUAUUGAAGCAAUAUUUUUAAUUUUCACAUAUUUAAAUUGUAAGCAUGUGUUUUAUAUUUGUAAGUUCAAAUAUUUCCAUAGCUUAUUUCUUGAACCAGGACCAGUUGUUGAAAUUAUUUAACUCAGGUUCUCAUAGUUUUUAAAGGAAAAACAAAAUUCUGUUUAAGUUGAAGGUUAAUUGUAUAUGCUUUUACAAUGAAAAUCAUUUGUCCGUUGUUUCAGUCACUAAAAGUAUUGUUUUACUGUAUUUAGGUUGAAUUGUUGCUAGAAAAAAAUAUGGUUCCCAGAAAACGGCGCAAACAGAAAAAUGCGUAAAUACAAACCAAUUAUACUAAUACGUUUAAAAUUUGUCAUAUUUCAUGGAAAUAUGUUUUAUCAUGUUAAUGUCUAUAAAUGCUUGAUUUAAUUAAGGAAACAAAAAGUGCCCUUGCAUACUUUUUUGUGUGCAGUUUUCAGUUGUGCAUUAUUUCAUAUGAAUUUUUUAGUGAUCUCCAUUUUUAAGCAUCUUCUGUUUUGGGGGAAAACAAUAGAAAUAAAUUAAGAUUUGUUCCAUGAAAAGUUAGUCAAACUUUUUGUUCUUUUCACAGCUCCUUUUGCUACAUGGGAUAGUGAUGUAGGUUGUUUUAUAUAUUUGUAUUUACAGUGGAGUGUCUACAAUUUAGAUAACGACAACUCUUUCUGUACUCAAGUGUCUGUUGUAAUUGACAUUCCACAUUCUGUAUGGCUUAUACACGUAUAGAGUGCUAUAAUUAAGUUAAAAUUAACUGUUGACAAUAAGUGAAAAUAAAUUCUAGUUGUUUGUUGUACAUAUUAAAUGUUCACCUUAAAUUCUUGCUUCAAGUCUUUCAAUUUUCAAAAUGAAAAUAUUUAAUUUUUUUUAUGCUGAUAAACUAUUUAAAAAGAUGAAAGGUUUGUCUUGCUAAAAUGUACUUUUUUUUACAUAGAAGAUAUUUUUAUUUAGGAAAUUCAAUACUAAAAGUUGUCUGUUGGCUAUUUUCUGUUGCUUGGUGAUGAAGUGUUUAUGUGUUGAGCAUUGUGAUUGUGUUCAAUGUGUUGAGCAAUGUGAUUGUGUUCAAUGUGUUGAGCAUUGUGAUUGUAUUCAAUGUGUUGAGCAAUGUGAUUGUGUUCAAUGUGUUGAGCAAUGUGAUUGUAUUCAGAUGAAAUGUUUGAGACUACAUCAACUUAUAAUAUUGAUGACAAGUGCAAUUAUUAUCUAUACAAAUAGAUACAUAUUUCAUACAUAAAUAUUGAAUUGAUAUGUUUUGUAGUUAACAUUAAGCUUACUUUCCUGUACUGAUUUGUCAGGAUCUUGUUUGAAGCUCAGCUAGUUUUAAGUUGUCUCCAUUUUUUACAAACCCCUCAGUUAAUUAUCACUUACAUAAUGAUUUUUUUUAGUAUUGUACAUAUAUACUCCUCUUGCAGUGAUUAAUAUAUACUACUUUCUUUUAUUAUAAUUGGUCAAACUAGGAAAUAUUGCACACAUACUAUAACAAAAAGUUUAAAGUUUUUUAUGGGUUUUUGUUUAAAAAUUCUUUUUUUUUUUAAUUCGCUUUCAGCUUUUAAUGAAUUGAUAGAUACAGCUGUAGGUAUAUGUUAUUAGCACACCAGUUUUGCUUUUUAAAAAAAAGCAAUAAAGAAUAAGUUAAAUAAAUUAUCUAUUUUCUUUUUCAUCCACAAUGUUGAUUCUAAGAAAGAUAUAAACCUAACAGUUACUAUAAAGUUAAUGUUUCAGUAUUUUAAUACAUUUAAUUACCAUCAAAAUAAAACAUUUUCUUUUUUUUUUAAUCAUUGAAACUUUGAAUAAAUGCAUCUUGUAACUGGUCUUAAAUAAAUAACUGAUUUUUUUAUUUAAAAAUUUACCUUUUAUUAAAUCUACAUACUUCAUAGUAUGACUGUGAGUUUGGUGCUAAAGCAAACUUAUAAACACUCUUGAAGAAUUCAAAGUCAAUAAAAAGUGUAAAAACUAUUAAUCAAACAUCAACUCAGUAUUAAUAAUGUAUUUUGCAUUUGCAUCAUUAAGUAUUGUCACAUCAAAAUCAUUCUUUUUAACACUGGACAGUAAACACAAUGAAGAGAUUAAAAUAAAUAACAAAAAUGAGCACUCAAAAUUAAUUUGGUAACUAUUUAAUAUUAUGAAUUAACUAGUUUAUUGGCUGUUUUUUUUUUUUUUUUUUUUGUAACCUUUUAUUUUUGCUAAUUUUGUUUUGUGCCCUCAAAAUCUGUUUUUAUACUGUAUAUUUACAACUUUGGUUUGACAUGUUCUUUGUUGUCUAUAUGUCAUGUGAUGUAUCCUGCUAGUGGUUGAAUACAAUGUUUUUCUGUCAGAUUCAUAUUUUCAGAAGAAUUCUUCAACAGGUUAUGGACAAAUUUUUUUUUUUAUUUACAGGAGAACUUAAAAAAUUAUCAAUAAAAUUUGUUGAAAUACACCUUA